AUGAUCGAGUCCAACAACGCCAACGUGCCAAAGACAUGUCCGUUUAAAGAGCCAGGUAUGAUGUUCAGUGAUUUUGAGCAGCAACGUUAUGCAAAGAAAAUUUCAUUCAGUGAGGCCCUGGGCGGCUAUGUCGUGGCGCGAUAUGAUGAUAUCGUGUGGCACUCCCUUGGGUUUGACGAGGUCAAGCGCACCGGAGCAGAUUACCGCCUGAUUUACCUCGGACGCUCUCGUGAAACCAUGGCCUACGCCGAAGAGAUGAGCCAAGGACACCCAACCGAGGUCUGGACUAGCCAAAAGCGUGGAAGAUUUGACAUUCAAAGUUUCAUCAAAGCACAGAAUGAAAGAGUCCAGAUUUACGCUUGCGGUCCAGAUCGACUCCUGAAUGCACUUGAAGACGCCUACAGGGAGAACCCGAAGGUGGAGCUGAAGGUCGAGCGAUUCCAAGGGCUUUCAAAUCAAGCCUUCUUGCCUAACAAAGACUUCAGCGUUACAUUGGGGCGAAGCGGGCGAAGAUUAACAGUUGCACCUAAGCAAACACUGCUGGAGGUAUUGGAUCAACAUGGUUGCGGAAUCAUAUCCACUUGCUCAAAAGGCACAUGUGGAAGUUGCGAAGUACUCGUGCUGGGUGUAUAUCCUGAGCAUCGCGAUACUGUCCUUUCUCAAGAAGAGAAACGAGAGAACAAGGUCAUGAUGCCUUGUGUCUCGCGUUGCAUGGAACAGAAUCUUGUCCUUUACCUGUGGUAA